AUGUCGGACGACUCCCCAGUACCUGCGGGAGGAGCACCAGCUGCGGGUGGUGGAGAAGGCCGUGGUGGUGGUGGACACACAUCAGACCAAACCGACGCUGGGCAAGAGAAGAAGAUCAACGUCAAGAUUGAGAGACCUUUGUCUGGAUUCGAUGUGCUUGCCCAGAGUACCGCCGCCAAUACACCACGAGUGUCUGAAGAUAUCUUAGAUCUUGAUCACUAUUUUUUCGGCCCUCGAAAUCUCGACAGUCAUUCCAAGCUCCCGUAUUUCAUGCGCAUGCAUGGAAGUGUUCUUCCUCGCAUGCUCUUGCCAUUAGUAGGAAUAGGCGCUUGGGCAACUUUGAUAACUUGCAUCUCACAAUGGAUCUUCGACCUUGGCGUCAACACUGUUCUUCUCACAGUUCUCGGUUUCGUUGUUGGUCUGUCCCUCUCAUUCCGAAGCUCAACAGCCUACGAACGAUACACAGAAGGCCGCAAAUCCUGGUGCACCCUCAUGAUCCAGUCCCGCAACCUGGCACGCUAUAUCUGGAUCCACGUUGAAGAGCGCGAGGGCGCACAAGGUAUUGACGACCUCCUGCAAAAAGUCACAGCCAUGAACCUCAUUCUCUCUCACGCUGUCUCCCUCAAGCACCGUCUCCGCUUCGAGCCCUACGCGCACUACCCUGAUAUAGCCGGCCUAGUCUCACAUCUGGAUACGUAUGCAAAGGCAGCAUACAAGGAGGAGCAUCUCCAAAAGCAGAAACUCAGUAUGUGGAAGAGUCUAGGUAUGCAUCUUGGGUUACCGUUUGCAAUGAGCAAUCCGCGAAAGGAGAUGAAGAGAUCUGAUAAGCCGCUCGGAAACUUGCCGAUGGAAAUUAUGGGGUACCUGAGUGCUUAUUUCGAAACGGUGUCCAACAACGGGCAAUUGAAAUCUGCCGCGAUGGUGGGACAAGUUAUGACUGCGCUUGCUGGGAUGACCGAUACGGCCGGUAACGCUGAGCGAGUCCUUACGACACCUCUCCCAAUUGGUUACAACAUCCUCAUCUCGCAGGUUGUUCUCCUUUACGUCUAUCUCCUUCCCUUCCAACUCUACACUGCCCUCAAAUGGGUCACGAUCCCUGGCACCAUUGCCGCCGCUUACAUUAUUCUCGGUAUCGCGACGAUUGGCGACGAGCUUGAGAACCCCUUUGGCAACGACGUCAACGACUUACCUCUCGAUGCGUACUGCGCCGAGUUAAACCGGGAGCUGGAUACGAUGAUGAGCACCCCAGCUCCAGGGUUCGCGCAGCAUGUUGAGAGUAAUGGACACUUGAACCUGCCGCUCUGGCCGUUGAGCAACAAGGGAUAUAAGGAUUGGAGGGGCAAGACGAGGGAGGAGAUUAUGGAUGCGUUGAAGAGCAAAGUUGUGGCUUCCAAGAGCGGACAUGCGGACAUGCUGCCAUAA